AUGGCAUCGAUCAGCACGACGGUGCAGUUGUACAUCAAGUGCUCGCACUUGUUGGACAAGGAUUUGACUUCAAAGUCCGAUCCGUACGUCGCUCUGUUCGACAUCACGGAUGGCGGCAAAGUCUGUGUGGGACGCACCGAAGUAAUCAAGAAUAACCUCAACCCUGAGUUCCAUACGUGCAUUUCCGCGACCUACUUCUUCGAAGUUCGCCAGGUCAUGCGCGUGGAGGUGUGGGACAGCGACAAGAACAAGCCCGAUGAUCUGCUAGGCGUUGCGGAGUUCACGUUUGGGUGUCUGCUGUCAUCGCGCGGCUCCACACUGACGCUCAGCCUCGGCGGCAAGAGCACCGUGACGCUCACUGCGUCAUAUGUUGGGUCACGGCGCGGCACCAUUGGCGUGACCUUCCGCGGCCGAAGCCUGAAGAAGAUGGACCUGUUCGGCAACUCAGACCCGUACUUCGUUCUGAGCCGCCUUCUCCCCAGCGGCCAGCGGGUCACCGUCUACAAGAGCGAAGUGAUCAAGAACACGCUGAACCCGCAGUGGAAGCCGACGCGGACGAUCGACCUGGUAGAGCUGUGCGGGGGUGACUUUGUCUCCCCUUGCAUCCACUUCGAGUGCUUCGACCAGGACCUCGGUGAGGACGAGUCGAUAGGGAGCUUUGUGCUCACUGGUGGGCAGCUGCUGGUUGCCUCUGGGAAGGAAUUCGAGCUGGUGGUUGAGAAGAAGGGGAAGCGGAAGUCGCACGGGUUUAUCGCGGUGACCCGGUGCGACUACGUGAGGAGCUACGACUUUCUCGAGUAUUUGCAGGCUGGCAUGUCGCUUAGCAUCGCCUUCUCAAUCGACUUCACCGGGUCGAACGGGCCGCCGAGCGACCCGCGCUCGCUGCACUUCUACAGCCCGCAACACCCGAACAGCUAUAUCCGGGCCAUGCUGGCUGUGAGCAACGUUGUGCAGGAGUACGACAGCGACCGGAUGUUUCCCGUGUACGGGUUCGGCGCGGUGGCGCCCUUCACGAAGGGCACGAGCCACUUCUUUCCGCUGAGCGGCAACCCCUCGAACGCGUACCUGAAUGGCAUGCAGGCGGUUGUGGACACCUACGCUGGGCUACUGCCCGCGCUCCAGUUCAGCGGGCCGACGAACUUUGCACCGACGAUCCGCACGAUCACUGACGGAGCGCGACAGUUGCGCGGCGUGUACACGAUUCUUCUGAUUCUGACGGACGGCGCGAUCACCGACAUGCAGGAUACGAUCGACGCUAUUGUGGCCGCCGACGACGCGCCGCUGUCGAUUGUGAUCAUCGGCGUUGGGCGCGCCGACUUCAGCGCGAUGGUGCAGCUGGACGGAGAUGGUGGUGUCCUUCGAGAUCGCAGCAGCCGACCAGCGCGUCGCGACUUGGUGCAGUUUGUGCCGUUCAGUGAGUUUGAGGGGAAGAGCCCUGCAAGGCUUGCAGCCGCGGUGUUAAUGGAGAUUCCGAAGCAGGUGGAGAUGUGGGGGCGCAUCGUGCACGCUACCCCAGGUCACUUCUAA